GAACAUUGACAAUCACAGUGUAAACAUUGCUGAGUGAACACAUCUGAGGACAUCUUGACAAUGUCAACAUUUUCCAAAUCAACAAAAACAACCACAACAUCACCACCACAACCACGAUAUUGCACCUUACCCACCCAACAAGGAGAAGCCUUCACAUAUGCCCUGUAUCUACAUCGCGAAGAGUUAAGGAGAAGCCGUUCUUCAGUCGGUGUCAAACGCACCAAGUUGCUGCUCACACAAGAACUCAUCUCGAAAACUAUUAAAAAUAUCAACAAAUGUUCAGCCGAUGAUUUACAAAUUCUCAGCCGUGAGACGAUUUUCAAAAAGAAUUUACAUCGCGAAAUAGCCCGACAGAGACAUCGCCAUUAUUUGCAUAUGUUGCGUCUGAAGAAUCAGCAGCAAGAAAUAAUUGCCGAGAACCGGGAGUAUUUACAUGGAGAGAGUUGUCGUGCGAGGCAAGAGUUGAAUCAGAACUCGUAUAAUGCGGCAGGCCAUGGAAGUUAG